AUGUUUUUCAAUUUCGACAUUCUUGCCCUUCUGCUGUUGAUCCCAGCUAGUUAUGCCACACAACCAUAUUCCACAUGGAUGAGCGACUCCUUUAUGACACGGGGAGUCACAGCAGAUCGCCACUACGCCAACGCAGUCCUAUACCGCGGCUUUGAACUCGCCUACAACAAAAGUGGAAAUGCCACCUAUUACAACUAUAUCAAAUCUCAAGUUGACCAGUUUGUAGAUCCAGCUGGCAAUUUGGGCGGAAAUUACUCUACGUCCCUGUUUUCUCUGGAUGACUUACGAAUCGGGCCCAACCUGCUGUUUCUGUAUCAGAGCACUCAAGACGCGCGGUACAAGACGGCAGCGGGCCAGUUGAGAGCUCAGCUGGACCGGCAGCCACGGACGCCGCGGGGUGGGUUUUGGCACCGGAGCCCUGAUUAUCCCAAUCAGAUGUGGCUGGAUGGCAUAUAUAUGGCUGAACCAUUUUACGCUCAGUGGAACCAGUUAUUCGACGCGAGCAACGUCACGGCUUGGGAUGACAUUAUCUUGCAAUUUGAUCUGAUUGAAGAGCAUUGUCGGAACAAGACGAGCAAUCUGCUGGUUCAUGGCUAUGACGAGUCGAAGGUGGCAGUUUGGGCUGACCCGGUUACUGGUGCAGCGCCUCAUGUGUGGGAUAGAGCUCUUGGAUGGUAUUUCAUGGCGUUAAUUGAUGUUCUGGACCACUUUCCAGAAUCCCAUUCCGGGUAUGCAAAAUUGCUGGGGUAUAUGGAUAGUUUGGCUGUUGGGGUAAAAGCCGCGCAAGAUGCUGCGGGGGGGUGGUGGUUGGUUAUGGACGCACCGUAUCCUGGAAUGAAGGGCAAUUAUAUCGAGAGCAGCGCGACGGCAAUGUUUACCUUUUCUUUCUUGAAAGCAAUUAGGCUGGGGUAUAUUGACAGUGCUACGUAUCUGGAGACGGCACAGAAGGCAUAUGGCCUGAUGACGACGAAGUUCGUGGCACAAAAUGGGACGAAUUCCACCUUGAAUUGGGAAGGGACUGUAGUAGUGGGCAGCUUGGGGAGCAAUGCAACUUUUGAGUAUUAUAUUGGGAUAAAAGUAGAUGAGAACGACUUUAAGGGAGCGGGUCCAUUUAUCUAUGCAAGUUAUGAGAUCGAACUCUUAGACUUGUAG